GGUCACCAUAUAAGAGGCUUCGCACUGACAACUACAAAGCACGUCGGUUUUAAACGGGUUGGCACCUAGCACCUUUGACAACCGGACCCGGAGCCAAAAUGAGAUUUCUAAUGCCUGUAUGUGUUUUCCUCGCAGUGGCAGGACUCCACACUGCUUUCACCGCAUCUCUGGAGUCUGCAGAGAAAGAGGAAACGGUUGCUGAGGAAACGAGCGAGUUAAGUGAACUACAAAAAACAGAUCAAAUGGAGUUUGAGGCUGCGGAGAUGAAUGACCCUCACCGUUUCCCCUCCCCGUUUACAGAGGAGAAGACCCAGGACGCGCGCUACUUAGAGGCUGCUAAAGACCAGUCUGAGGAGGAGCAAACCGAAGUUGAAAAUGAAAACGCAGAGGGAGACGGAAAGUCCGAUGUUGCGGCAAACGACGAUCCAGAAUCGGACUCCCUUGAGGAAACUGACGGCGUAAGACAAAAGCGGGAGCACCAUGACUCAGAGACAGACAGCCUGAGCAAUUCAGAUGAUCUGUCUGAGGACACAACCAAGGAACAAGGUGCCCAGGGGAUCUCAAAGGACCACGGGUCAAGCAGCUAGAGAUGUGGCCGAGCGAUGCGCCGAGACCGUGUGGAGCAGCAUCCGAUCCGAGGCCUCUACUCAUAACCCCAUACAUGUGCUGCAAUACACUGAGAAUUUAAAGCUAAUAAAAAGGGAACUGUUCCAUCUACC